GAACCACGACGCAACGAGUGUCACCCAAUCGCACAGUGCGCUGCUCGUUUUACGUACGCAGCAGCGGCAGUAGUGCGUUUCGUUUGCUUCGAUUAUUGAUUGAUUGGCUGAUUGAUUGAUUGAUUGUUUGAUUGUUUGAUUGUUUGAUUGAUUGUUCGUUCACGACAUGCAUGAGAUUUGUCAUGUCAUGGCAGUUCAGUGAGUUGAGUUUCGUUCGACGGAAGCGCAGUCUGGGUCUGGGUCUCUCUCUCUAUGGCCACGGAGCUCGGAUUCUGAUGGGUAACGUAUGCUUUUUCACGAUGUCGCUUCGGUCCCCGGAGGAAGCAUAGAGAACUAAAGCUGUGGUGGUGGAUGGAGAGCAUUAAUGCUCUUCCAAUUAUCGUCCUGCCAUUUGGUCGCCAACCGCGAUCGGGAAUUCGGGAGUCUGAGCGUACCAACCUUCGAAAGCAAUAGGGCUGUUGCUGCCUGCUUCCUCAGUGCUACCGAAAUGAGAUAAAAUCUUGAUAGACAAUUGAGAGGCAGUGCACAGUGGGCACUAUGGAAGGCAAUUCUUCAUCUCUAUACGCAUAUCUAGAUGCCUUCCUCAAUAUCAACCCGUCGGUUUUUGGCCUACGUGAUAAGGAACAAAAUUGAAUCUUUUCACGUUCAUUAACUGUUGUUGUAGAGUGGGGCCUUUGUUCUGUACUCUCCUCAGAUCUCAAAGAAGAUUCACUUUGGCGUAGCGAUCUUUUGCUCACUUUACGUAGGUAAGGGUCUCGUGGAGGGCUCCAAUCUCUUAGUGAUGGUUGGAAUAUACCCUAAUGCCCAUGAUUAGUGUUAUGCAGUACGCUUUUCAUGCCUUCAGCAGGUUGAAAUGCUACAUUGACAUGUGCAACUUUUGGACUAGUUUUGGGCAUCUUCGCCUAUGAGAUGCGGAACCAAGGUCACGCGAAGCUCACAUAAGCAGAAACUCAGAAGUGCAGAAUCAGAGAGAAUUUCGAAUGUAUGCUGACAGACGGAACACAACUACAGUACUGUAGUCGAGCUGGGAUUGGUAGGUCGCAGUUGAAGCAACUCUUUACCGCUAACCGAGGAUGGUGCCAGAACGCGGAGGGUUUCCGAUCACUCCAUGGCGACGAAAAAGUCGCAGUAGCAUAUCUCCGCUUUGCCCUUUGCCAUGCAAAGGCGGUCUGGCUCCCAACUUGAAGAGCGCCUUGUUUUUGCUGCAGCGCAGAUAGCGCAUGGCCAUGUUCCCAACUUCCCACGGUAGCUACCCUCACCGGCUCCUCUGCUGCUGAUUGUGCUCUGCAGACUCUAAUCCGCAGUAAAAGAGGCCUCGCAUCCUGUUUCUGCUCGAUACGUCGUUAGCGGGCUACCUAGUCGGUCAAAAUCUUUGUUUCUCAGCCUUUAUGACAACCAUGUGCUGAGGCUGGUGGUGGUUAAAAGUACCCUACCUGGUGGUGGCGAACUACGCCGGCGGCUAAGCUGAUGGGGUCGAUCGAGUGUCGAGUUUGGGAGAGUGAGAGCGCGCCACUGCCCCUGGGCCUUCUUCAUGAGGUAGGUGUAGGAGUUGAGCUCAAAGGUUGGGUGAGAGUUACCACUGUGGAUCACUCGUGCGCCAUCAUCGAGCGAUGUUAGAUGUUGCGAUGUGCAAAUACGUGGGAAAUUACUCCUUUUGGGCAAGGGACUGAACGAUUUUGAACGUACCAUGAGUUGUGGUUCAAUCAGGACAAAGUCGUGGUUGUAAAUAAUAUUGUCCUUCGUCGACUAACCUUGAGCGGUCUGAGUGGAGUGGGAUGCUCCUAUAGAACCUUACCACCAUUCCCCACCGCUCGAGGAGCUGUGAUUCAAGAACUCAUAGAGUCAGGUUUCAGAUAUUAUGCUGUCCACUUCUCGUCCUACAAGCUAGAGGUGAUCGUUUUGUAUUCCUGAGCAGCGCUUGGUCAGUAAUUUCUUAGGGUUGGGUGGUCCCCUUCCGGGUAUAUGAAUUUGUUUUAUUCUGUCCCACGAAACCCGGGGACGCUUUGUCAGUUUUGACUUGUUGAGCCUCUAGUUGUUUCGCAACUCACAACACUAGCUUCAUUUCCCUGCUAUGACUCGAUGUACCUGAGGUGGAAAUACUGGUUACUCAGUGUACCGUGUAGAGUUCAAACAGUUUAGAUGACGAAUGGAGAUCAUCCGACUUUCUACACUUUGUCAUAUUCUCAUGUGACGGCUCGUCAGUGAGGAUCCUGCAUCGAUAUCUGUAGCCUAACGCUUAUGGAAAACUGAUACCUCAAAUGUAACAGGCGGCACAUGAGAAUGUGAGACAUGAGACGACAAGCGAUCAUGUGUCAUAGUCUCACAUAUUCUCAUGCGAUCUCCCUUACGAGUUGAGAAAGCUAUCGAUGUAACUCCUAGUCAAGAUAGCCGAUUUCCAAUCGUGAAAUGUAUUUAAGUCUCCGAUUGCCGAUAAGGAAAGAAACCCAAGGCUUGUGCUUGCACUAGGAACGAAAACUGAUCUUGUGGUGAUCUUUCUGGAUCUCUGAAAAAUAUUUGUUGACUGAGCCUUCCCUCGUGAUUUUCGUUAUGUGCAUGAUGGUUUCUCUGCCCAUGGGGUCAACUAGGACUUUCCUAGCGAAACGAGCAAUUUCCCAUGAUGUUAGUCUAGGAUCAUCGUUUCAGGGAGAUCCUUUCCAUUCCGUGUAUAUCGCUUCUUUUGUAUAAACAUUCGUGAGAAACGAGGGAGGGCUAUGCGACAGGUUACUACCCAGUUAUAACUGCAAAGUGGUUAUUCUUGUAUGAAUGGAAGAAAUGUGUGAGGUGUUAGAGGUUAACCGGGUCCGCCUCCCCUGCAUCCGGUCACAUCUUCUAUUGCAUUUUAAAUGUGGCCUAUCGAUUUUGUCAGAGCUUUCGAAUGUUGAGAUAGAAUGGUGGUGAUAUAAAUAGUAGUUUCUCCGAAUUCAGGGGAGGAACGAUUUUGACCUGAACAAUUAUCUCGCUGUUUUGGCGAGUUGUAGGCUUGACGAUGAUUCGCACAUUCAUCACAAGUGGAUAUGUUACUCAAUUGUAGCGGGAUAGAC